UUUUCUUUAAGGAGCCCGGCUGCUUGUUGGUGGGAUUUUUUACGGCGUUUCUCGGCACAAUCAGCUGAAUAAGUUCAAUAUUAUGAGAUUCUUAAAAUAAAUGAUUAAUAAAAUCUUCAAAAGAGCGACUCGUGGAGGGAAAAUGAGUAACAUCUCACAAUUUAAAAAUGACUUCUCCUCAGGCAGGUGUUGUUGUUGUUGUUGUUUUUCCGGAGAAUUGUAAAUUACGUGGCUCAGUUUCUGGCUGCCUUGAGUCUUUUGCCAGCGAAGCAUUUGAUUUCUGAUCUUCCAGAACAAGUUGCUCAUCGUGGCGGUGAUUCACCCGGAGGAACUCGACGUCCAUCCCCACGCCACUCUUCACGGGAAAGAAAUCUAGAAAAAUAGAACAAUAAAUGUAACUUCUGGAACCCCCAAACGCACAAAAUAGCUCCUCCCACCUCCUCGCCCCACAGGAGGAGCAGGUUGUGACUUCACCGGGAACAUCACGGCGGGUCGGAGCGCGUCGUCCUCGUCUUCAGAUGAAUCACACGGGAUAACUCUCCACGGAGCAUGCUGUGAGCGCCAUGUCUCUGGAGAUGGAGAACACCAUCACCAAGCUGAUGUACGACUUCCAGAGGAACUCCACCUCCGACGACGACUCCGGCUGCGCGCUGGAGGAGUACGCCUGGGUCCCCCCCGGCCUGAGCCCCGAGCAGGUGCAUCAGUACUACAACUCCUUACCUGAGGAGAAGGUCCCGUACAUCAACAGCCCCGGAGAGAAGCACCGCAUCAAGCAGCUGCUGCACCAGCUGCCCGCGCACGACAAUGAGGUGCGUUACUGCAACGGGCUGGACGAGGACGAGAAGCGAGAGCUGAAGCUGUUCAGCAUCCAGAGGAAGAAGGAGAACCUGGGCCGAGGGAACAUCCGGCCGUUCCCCCUCAACAUGACGGGGGCCGUCUGUGACAAGUGCGGCGGUCCGGUGGGCGGAGGCGACCUGGUGGUCCUGGCGGCCCGGGCGGGUCACGGGAAGUGUUGGCACCCCCAGUGCUUUGUGUGCGGCGCGUGUGACGAGCUGCUGGUGGACCUCAUCUACUUCUACCAGGACGGCGGCGUGCUGUGCGGCCGGCACCACGCCGAGCGCAUGAAGCCACGCUGCUGCGCCUGCGACGAGAUCAUCUUCGCUGACGAGUGCACCGAGGCCGAGGGCCGGCACUGGCACAUGAGGCACUUCUGUUGCUACGAGUGCGAGGCCGCCCUCGGCGGCCAGCGCUACAUCAUGAAGGACGGCCAGCCUCACUGCUGCAACUGCUUCGAGUCGCUCUACGCCGAGUACUGCGACGCGUGCGGAGAACACAUCGGCAUCGACCAAGGCCAGAUGACGUACGACGGGCAGCACUGGCACGCCACCGAGGAGUGCUUCUGCUGCGCCCGGUGCAAGCGCUCCCUGCUGGGCCGGCCCUUCCUGCCGAAGCAGGGCCACAUCUUCUGCUCGCGCUCCUGCAGCGCCGGACAGGACCCGGACGAGUCCGACUCCUCGGACUCGGCCUUCCAGAGCGCCCGUUCCCGCGAGUCCCGCCACAGCACCAAGAUCGGCAAAAAGGAGCGGCGGAGCGGCGAGGCCCGCCAGUCCGCUCCUCCUCCUCCUCCUCCUCCUCCUCCUCCUCCGCCGCCGCCGCCGCCGCCGAUGCCCGACCGGCUGUCCGUGGAGACCGACCCCCUCUCGGUUCAGUUGGACCGCCUGAGCCUCUCGUCGAGCCAGACCCCGAGCAGGACGCCCAACCGCACGCCCAACCGCACGCCCAACCGCACGCCCAACCGCACGCCCAGCCGCGCCCCGAGCCUGAACCAGGUGUGGAUGAGCCGCGACGACCCCUACGUCCCGGCGGCCUACGAGGGCCCCCAGCGGGAACCCUCCCCCACGCCGGCGCCCACACACCUGCUGGCUCAGUGUAACCCGAGGCAGGGCUACAACCCCAACGCCAACGCUCAUCCUCCGGCUCAGACCGCCGCCAACCCGGGGAAGAGGCCCGACUCCUGGGGCAAGGAACAAGGCAACGCCAAGAGGACCCCCAUGGCCGCUCUGAGGGGCCACUCCUUCAACGAGAACUGGACCCACCACAGCCAGGACGAGUUCAGGCCCAACAAGCUGCGCACCCAGAUGAGCUUCAACGAGAUGUCGAGCCAGAACCAGGGCUUCUCUGACAAGAGGAGCAUCAGCCUGCACGGAUUCCAGAGGGACGGCCGACCCCCGCUGACCAGGAGGAACCCCAUCAACGCCACGAGCUUCAACGAGCGCCUCGCCCCUCUGGAGCAGACUCCUCGCGGCUCUGCGGAUUCCCUCCUCAUGUCCAAUGCUACAGCGGGGAACUCUCUGGACGGGGUGAGUAAGCGCCAGGAGCACCUGUCGAGGUUCUCCAUGCCCGACCUGAGCAAAGACUCCGGCGUGAACGUGUCCGAGAAGAGCCACAUGGGCACCCUGAGCUCCUCGGUCCAGUGCCACAGCACCGAGUCCCUGUCGUCCUCCCGGCCCUACGGCCACAACGUGUACGACCCGCUGAGCGUCGGCUACCCGCUGCGGUACUGGGACGGCCCGCAGCCGCCGCUGGGCUACGACGGCAAAGGCCGCGUCGGGGUGAUGGGCAGCAGCGGCAACCUGCGGGCGGCUCCCAUGAGCGACCGGAUGCCCCGCCGCCACGUCAACGGGCUGGAACCCGCGGCGGCGGCGGCGCAGCAGGAGCCGCAGCCGAGGCGCCGCAAGCACCACCGCGGGAACCACCACGGCGGCGGGCAGCACCGAGCGGGUUCCGGCCGCCACCACCACAAGCGCUCCCGCCGCUCCCGCUCCGACAACGCCUUGCACCUGGCGGCGGACCGACCCGCUCAAAUGGCGGAACCGCCGUACCGCCGCGUCCAGGAGGAUUACGACCGAUUCUCUGCCGGGAACGCCGCCCGGGAGCUGUCCGGUCCGGAGCCGCCGGGCGGGUACAGGCAGCAGCCCCAGAGGCCCUGCCCCCGCACCACCUCUGACCUCACCCUGCAGAACGCCGGCUGGCAGCCGGCAGGGCCGGGCGGGCCGUGCUGGGCCGACGGGUACGCGGAGGCCGCCGAUCCCUGGUGCUCCAGCUGCUCCGAGUCCUCCGAGUCGGAGGCGGACGAGGGCUACUUCCUGGGCGAGCCGAUCCCGCGGCCCGUGCAUCUCUGCAACAUCAACAACGAGGAGCUGCGCCAUCGCUACAGCCCCUCCGGGGGCGCGGCGCACCACGGACCUCUGCACGGACCGACCCACGGCCAGCUGCACGGCCGCCAGAGGAGGAAGAGCAAAAACUGCAUCCUCUCUUAGGAGUGGAGCAGGAAG